AGCUGCACUCCGCGUCCUCUGCACGAGCCGAUUGCCUACCUGCUUGUCCCGUUCGCUAUGUCCACAUCCACGAGCUGCCCGAUUCCCGGGGGCAGGGACCGGCUGCCCGACUGCUACAGCAUCACGCCUGGGGGCACGCUAUACGCCACUACCCCAGGAGGCACCAGGAUCAUCUACGACCGAAAGUUCCUGCUGGAGUGCAAGAACUCACCCAUUGCCCGGACACCCCCCUGCUGCCUCCCUCAGAUUCCCGGGGUCACAACUCCUCCAAUAGCCCCACCCUCCAAGCUGGAGGAGCUGAAGGAGCAGAAGGAGACCGAGGAAGAGAUACCCGAUGACGCACAAUUUGAAAUGGACAUCUGAUCCAGUGCAGACGAUCCCGUGUGGAGUUAGAGGAAUCCCUCAUGCCGCUGCUGCCAUCACCUCUUCCUGGGGUAUUCCAAACAUCAGUUGGCCUCAUCUAAUUUGGAAGGGAGUGACUUGUUGGUUUCAGGCCUCCCUUAAUUCUGAAGCAGCUAGACCAGGGAUAGGAGUGGGCAACUUGCCAAGCCCUUAGCUCUACUUUCCCUUUGGUCUGUAGGUACUCCUCCCAGCCCUCCGUCAUCAGGGACUGAGGCUGGGACUGAGGGAUGGAGUAUGUC